AAAGACAGGCGGUCCACACCAGCUACGACGACGACGACGACGACGACGACGACCAACAGGACACGCGGAUAGCACCCACCUCCUCAUUCGCUACUACUCGGCAAGCUACCAGCCAUGUCCAGCUCCACCCUCUCCCGUCGCCUGGCUCAGCUGGCCAUCGCACCUCACGCCGCCUCUUCCUCUCGCUCCCUCUCGAUCAGCCUACCCCGCUUGGCUGAAGCAUCGUCAUCUACCACAACCGCACCCUCUGGCUCCUCUGCUCCCCCUUCGCAGUCAAGUGAGCGACCGCAAAGAUCCACCAGCAGUGCCGGACGUGGCAGGACUGGUCCCUCAUCCCGGGGAGGGCCUGGAGCAGGCGAUCGUGGAUCUCGGCAAGGCGGCAGCGGCGGUGGAAGGACAAGGAGGCCACCUGCCAAUAGGUCACUACCACCCUUUCCCGAAUGGUUCGCAAAGCAAGGAAGGGAACAGUAUGCCAACGCCACUGGAAAGGGACCAUUCUGGAUUGGCAACACUCCAUUCCCUCUCAACCCCUCCUUCAAUCCUCCUGCUCCUGUAGCUCAGAAGGUCCGCGAUGAGAUGUGGAAGAUGCACAGCGAAAAUCCUAAGAGGUGGACAGUGAGGAACCUUUCGGGCCUCUUUGGCCAGACAAUGGAGAGAACUCAGGCCAUUCUCCGACUCAAAGCACUGGAAGGAGAGCUUCAGCAAGAGUCUGUCCCUCUGCAAAUUUCUUUUCAAUCCAACAUGGAGCGCCUCCUCGGCUCAGAAGUGAACCUACCGCGUCCCUCGCAAGACCCCAAGAGACCCGACGACCUACAACGGCCCUACGGCGGGUCAGAAGCCUCCCCCGCCCCGCCCCGCGAAGGUGUAGCCAACCUAGAGGCCCGUGGCCCGCUAGCAGAGGAGGUGCGAGAGGAGGACGUCCGAGCCCAGGCCGCCGUGGCAGGUGGAGACGAGGGUGCCGUCGAGCUCAGCCAGUCUGCUCUGGGCGAAGAGCUACAGGCCCAAAAGGAGGAGAACCUCCGUCGACUCACCCUCCUCCCCUCCGGCGAGCCCGACGGGAAGCUCCGCACCAGCGGAGCGGCCGCUUCGUACCUUGGUGCAGGCGCCGAGCUCAAGCCGGAGCGCACCGCUCUGCGUAUUGUGGACUUGGGAGCAAAAGCAAAAGAUCCUGAUGCUUCAGUGUAUUCAAAGACGGGAACGAUGAAGAAGAAUCGGAGAAAGGCGGCAAAUAGGAAGAGGGCGACGGAGAAGAAGAGGGUGUUGAGGGAGGCGGCGGCUGCGGCUGCGGCUAGUACGACGACUGGUACGACUGCUCCUCCCAGGGGUAGUGCGUAGACGCAGGUUGCAAAUGAGAGCAGUGAAAGUGCUUGGAGGGUGCACGGGAAGUCGAGUGUCUGUACAGGCGCACUGUUCAAUGCAUAUCACGACAUGAAGUAGUCAAGGAGCCAUAUCACAGCCAUGCCAUGCCAUGCCAUGCUAUGCCAUUAGAGCAACAUCAGACUCCUGAAUCCCUGGUAUACAAAAGACAUCCACG